CGUAAAAUGAAAAAGACACUUAAGAAUUGAGGGAGUAGUUAAUAGCACUAGUACUUUGCUCAAAUCGUUCAUGCUUGAUGUUUCAGUCCAAUUUCCCAUAAUAUUCAUUGUCGAGGUGUGGGGCGCGAACAAUAUUCUCACGUGCCAGAGAGGAACAACACCCGGUUUUCUUAACCGCGGAAAGCUCAUCGUCCCUGUUCCCGAUGUUGAUGGUCUGCCCCUUGGGCAACGCCGACGGGUCGUCGCCGGCGUCGAGGCUCUUCUUGCUGACGACGCGGUAGAUCUGAGUCAGCACCUCCGUGAAGGCGGUCUCGACGUUGACAGCCUCCAGGGCGGAGGUCUCCAUGAAGAAGGUGCUCUCCCUCUGGGCACCGCGCGCAGGUGGCGGAGGUCGGACUUGUUGCCGGCGAGCAUCACGACGAUGUUCUGGUCGGUGUGGUCCCGGAGCUCCUUCAGCCACCGCUGCACGUUCUCGAACGUCACCUUCCGAGUUAUGUCGUACACCAGAUGAAAAUGUCCACAAUACCCCUCCUCAUCCCUUUCCCUGUUUUUUCUUUCGCCCGAAGACCACAAUACCCGAUCUACCAGCAUCACGGGGCAACUAGGAGCCCCACCCGGCAACCAAACUCCAGCCUCACAAUAAGCCCCGCACCACCACCGUAAGCACCCGUCGACAACUGCAAUGGAAAGAGCUUCACGAUGAAGCAAAUCUACGAGGAGGUGAAGCUCAACGACCAUAAAGCUGACCCGCUCAC